CCGGCACUCGUUACAGUUCUCCGUAAGUUCUCUCCGCGACGAGUCUUCUUCAUCUCCGCGCCGGACGCGAUAUACCGCGAACAAAGCCCGCCCCGGCCCUGUUUACACCGCGAGCAACAAGAAUCCGGUGAUAACGGCCAACAAACGAGCCGAUUUACGAUCCCCAAUUAUAAACAAUUAGAUAAUUCAUUUAAUCGGUUUUUCCAAUUCUCUGAGAAUUCAUUUAUCUCUGACCGAUAUUGUUUCACAGCAUUUCUGUAAAAAUGAUUAUUUCUUGUGAUUUAGUAUAAACGACGAGUGUCCCAAGUGAGAAGAAAUUCGUUCGAAUUCAACGAUUAACUAUAUUUUCGAUUUACUCAUUCUGGAUCGAUGUAUAUAAGUGCCUACGAGAAGAUUUCCGACAGGAAGACGUAGAACGGAAUUAGGAUGACAUAGAACGUGUUCGAGAAAAUACGUGUGUGCAAAAUAUUCGUAAAAAUAGAUCCGGUUUCAAGUCGCAGGCAUAGUUACAGAAUUAUUCAGCGCAGACACUGUAAAAUCAAUCCACUCAACAACGAUAGACAUAUAAAACAGUGAUAAUUAUUUAAAAAAAUAUGUCCACAAUUUUUGAAUGAUUGACAAAACAUAUUUAAUCGUACCGAAACGAUUCUCCGGUCAGAAUCUCGAGUUGGAAACGUUCACGCAGUGAUGGUAAGGAUUUUUAUAGGAUAAUAAGAUCCUGAACGAUGUUCAGCUCGCUAAGACUGACUACCAUGCGCUCGCACAAGAAUCGCGCGAGGCCCGGAAGCGUGGCGACGUCCGCCAGCUCCGAUUCAGUCAGGCCCGACGAGAUUUCGCCGCAUUCCUAUCAUCCACACAGUUUCCUGUUGCUGGACGACCAGGACAGUUCCAUGUGUACUCCGUCGAGUGUUUCUUCUAAAGUAGCUCAGGUCAGAGUGGAACGGGAAGGAGGUAGCCUGGGAGUGACCCUCAGAGGCGGUGUCUCCAGAGCCUUAGUGGUGACCGGAGUGAAAUCCGACGGACCGGCUGCUAAAGAAGGCAGGGUGAGACCUGGGGACAGAUUGCUGGCUGUCGACGAUACGGAAUUGAGAGGCCUGACUCUGGCUGAAGCUCAGCGAGCGCUCAGGAGGAGCUCGGAUGCUCCUGUCGCCUCGUUGACUAUUGAAUACGACGUUGCUAACAUGGAAGAGGCCAGGGCUGCGACUUCCGGCCCACUUCUGGUACAACUCGAACGAGGACUGUCGGGGGAGCUAGGCCUUACAGUCAGAGAAACGCCAAACGGAGUGUACAUCGAGAGUCUGAGACCAGCCAGCACGGCAGAUCGCUGUGGCGCAUUGCAGCCAGGUGACAAACUCUUAGCAGUGGACGAGACUCCGGUCCAGGACGCCUUAGCUGCGGCUAAAUUACUGAGGAACAAUUACGACUCGCGUAUAGCCAGGCUUCAGAUUUUACCAAGGCCUCCCAGCGCAUCGCAGAGGACCGUGAAACGGCGAGCGCAACCGCAAGCGCAACAGAACUCCAGUCAAACUUUACAGACUAAAGAGAGUUUGACGGUGGUCCUGAGACCUGAUCACAAAGGCUACGGGCUGGCUUUGAAACCUGCCGAGGAUCGAAUGAAUUACGUUGUCAGUUUAUUGGAAGCUGGUGGGCCGGCGGAACGCAGCGGGGUUCUUCUGCCUGGGGAUAAAGUGGUCGCGGUUAAUCGUAUGAUGCUGAGGGAUCUACAACCGAACGAGGUGACCGGCAUCUUGGAGAAUUCCCAAGUGAUCGAGCUGGUGAUAGAGUACAAGGUCGGAGGGCCAGUAGUGCCCAGUUCAGGCGUGUUCACUGUACGAGUGGCUAGACCGAUCGGCGGUCAACCGGAUGUGGGGCUCACGGUGAACGAAGAUUUAAUCAUCACCGAGGUGCGCAAGGGAUCUCUGGCUUAUAGGACUGGCAGUCUGGCUCCAGGGGACAGAUUGCUGGCCAUCGAUGGUCAAAAACUGGACCCCGGCGAUCUCAGGCAAGCUGCUCAACUGUUGCAUCGACCUGGAAGCUCAGUGAUCGCUUUAACUGUGCGGAAACCAGACCCAAAUUCAGAAAACAGGGAAUACUGCAAGGAGUCCAGUAUAGGAAGCGACACGGUGCAACAGUACCCGGCGGGAAUCUUGAGACCAGCCAGGGAGAGUUUACCCAGCGUGGAUAGCGCGGUGGAUUCUUGGGGAGAAUUGGGGGAGAACAGUGGAGCGGGACCGGAGAUCCUGAGGCUCUGGGAGACGGCUUCCGUGGACAGUGGCCAAUUAGAUCUGCCCAUGCCUCCUUUCCCUGGGCCGCAAGAAAGUAGUAACUCUGAGAGACCGCAGCAAAUAGUCCACGUCUCCCUGCACAAGGACCCGGUGUACGAGGACUUCGGUUUCUCCGUGUCCGACGGCAUGUACGAACGAGGAGUCUACAUAAAUCGUUUGAGACCCGGAGGACCGUGCGACGGUGUGUUAAAGCCAUACGACCGGAUCCUCCGAGUGAACGACGCGAACACCGAGGACUGCGAUUGUUGCCUAGCCGUGCCACUGAUCGCCGCGGCCGGACCACGUCUGGAUCUGACGAUAGCGCGACCGCUAUCACCGCCGAGCAAGGCGCUCUGAGGACGAACAGAGGGAGGUAGCUUGUAUAUAUAUUUUUGUACACACCUGUAUUUUAUUUAUAAAAAUAAAUGUAUAGAUUGCUUUCAGUUA